AUGCCCCUCACGCUCGCCCACGUCCCCGAGGAGAUCCUCGAGCGCAUCCUCGCGCUCAUCCUCGUGCAGUCCCCCGAGUCGUCUCCCCGCCCCUCCUGGCACCCGUACACGAACCCCAACAACGCGGCUGGCCACGCGAACAUCAUCUCCCCCCUGCUCGUCUGUCGCGCAUGGCUGCGCAUCGCGACCCCCAUACACUACCGGCACCCCGUCCUCCGCACGCCGCGCCACGCAGAGCUGCUCCUCCGCGCGCUCCGUCACACGCCCGAUCUCGCGCUCUGCGUGCGGAGCCUGCACCUCCACGCGACUUCUCCCGCGCUGCGCGACAUAGUCCCGCGCUGUGCGUACCUCCACACUCUUGACAUCACAGUCGACAAUGCCGACGCCCAGCCUGGCGCCAGCGGUCGUGACCGCAAUGUGGUCGACUUCUGCGAAGGGUUCAUGCAGACGCGGUCGUCCAUCCGCCACUUGAUCAUCCGCAAGAACGCGUACUUGACGCAGCCGAACGCGACGUACGUGUUCGAGCAGCUCGCGAAGGCGAUCGUGCGCUGGCACAAGCUGGAGACCGUGAACGUCGCGUUCCGCCUCAGCCCGUCGCCCGCCGCGACCGCGCUCACACAGGCGCUCGCGGCGGCCCCGCGCCUGCACACGCUGCACACGCAGCUGCCCGCGGUGUGGAACACGACCCUACUCGAUAUCGCGCAGAACCCGUCGCUCGUCCGGAUCGUGCUCUUUCCCGCUCCCGAGCACGCCGGCGCCCACCUCUUCCUCGCAGAGGCCAAGCGCCACCCUCGCCUCGUCGACCUCAUCCGCGCCGGCACUGCGCCAGCUGCGCCCCAUCCCGCUGGCCGCGCCGCCCCGCACAUCUCGUUCUCGCUCGCGGGCAACGCGCGUGCGCGUGCGGCGAGCUCCGUCGUCCCGCCCGGGUCGACGCCGAUGCCCGUGCCGACGUGGGGGUACGAGCGCGAGGUCCCUGCGCCGGUGUGCCCGCCCAGCUCGUCGCGGGGCCCUGCGGCGUACCCGCCAUCUGCGUACGCGUACCCGCAGGCUCCCGUUGCUGCUGCACCGCAGUACGUGUACCCGCAAGCACCUGUGGUCGCGCCUCCGUACCCGUACGGCCAGCCGCCGAGCGCGUACCAGCAUGGACACCAUCACGCCGGCUACGCACCGCGGGUCGCUGUCCCCAAUGUCCCUGAGCUCGUCCACGGCCAGGCACAGCGGAGGGCGGCGGGCAGCCGGAGGAUGACCGCAUCAUGAGCUGUGCUGCGCCUAUUUACAAAAGCGGAAGAGACAGAGGAAGAGAAGAAGAGAGAAGACAAUAUCGGACUUGCAGACGAAAUUCUUGUGUUACAAACGCGACCUUGGGCCCCCGGUGACGAUGCUUUCUUGUUCUGCGCCCCUCACAGCUGACGAUAUACGGACCUUUUACGUGCCUUACUUACGAUUGUACAUAUGUAUAAUAACACCAUAAUACCCCGCUUCCUUUUCUCUCGUCCCGCGUUCUUUCCUUGAGUUCUUUCCUUCCCAGCACCGCGUGCGCCUCCCCCGCGUCAUACCCACCGCAUGGGUGCGGGUGGUUGCUAUCCCGACGGGGGACGCGUUGCCAGUGCGACGCCGUUCUUCCUGGUUCCAGCUUCCAUGUGCGCGGUGCGCCAGCCACUCAUUCAGUAUUCAGUCCCAUCAUCCCAUUCAGCCCGUCUUCGCUCCUUGUUCUGUUCUCGCCGCUUUCGUUUCGCACCCGCUCGUUCUUCUCGUCUUCGCGCAUCCCUAAAAGGGACAUUCCUUUGACAUAGACUGUAGAUGACCACACGAACAGAAAAAAAGCCGCCGCGCAAGGCAGCG